AUGUAUGGAGCAGGUGAGAUUAGUGGGUUAAAGGCAACGGUCGACAUAAAGCUCGGAGGCAUGCUUAUCAGAAAUGUACCAUUUGGUCUGGUGAUGGAAGCAACAAGGGGCAUCUACGAGGAACCCGUUGACGGCUAUAUCGGGUUAGGGCGCCUCCCGGUGUUCUCGUUGAGCACAAGCCCGCUGUCCGUAUUCGUUCGUGAACAAGGAUUGAUGAGUGGGCAAUUUGGCUUCGAAUUCCAAGACGACAGUGCCACAUUUAUCAUGGGUGACAAUCUGGAACAAGUCCUACCCACUGGUGGUAUGGCCUAUGUAAACGUCGUUGAUGGGCCUUAUUGGGAAAUGAGGAUUGACCGGAUAUCCAUUUCUAACACGGAAAUUAGCACUGAAGAUCACAGAGCGGUCUUCGAUACCGGGACUCACACAAUAGUACUGCCAGAGGACAUCCACAUGGCGAUCAACCGAAAACUCGGCAUUUCAAGGCUGGUGGACGGGGUAUAUGUAUUCGAGUGUGCGAGGCUGCCAUCCAUGCGCCCGAUUGCUUUCCACAUUCAAGGAAAUAAGUUUCAUAUUACGCGGACACAAUACACGAAACAGACUACCGUGAACGGGGACGCAAUGUGUGCUACGCGUUUUCAAAAUGGUUCUGCCAGUACGCCUGUGGGUAUUUUACUGGGGAUGUCUUUCCUACAUUCAUUCCAACUGAUAUUUGAUGACCAAGCGUGUAGAGUUGGCCUUGCUCCACGCCAAGGAAGCAAUCAUUCCUCUGGCGGAAAGAGUAUGGUGGAAUACUUUCCAAGCAUCGCUGAUACCGCGGGAUGCCUAGAUUGGGCUCAAAAUAUUGGACUUUUACUCUGA